CUCGCCAAGCCCAGUCUUCCAUAUUUCUUUUAACUAGUUAGUAUAAGCUAGAGUGAAGAGAUCCUCUCUACCCGGUAGAUGCAGCUUUGUAAAGCUGCAAACUGGAAUGCCAAGCCCCACUUUCCAACUUACUACCGUAGCCGCCGCAACCUCGAUACCAUACGACCUUUCGCCGAAAGAUACCCAUCUUCAACAUACUUAUUGUAUUUCAGCCAAUCAAACACAAGCUCCCCUGCAAAUUUGGUUUAUUGGCAGCGACAACAAUCAUGCAGCAUCGGGUGGCGGAUGUGGUUGUCAUCGGAGGUGGACCUGCCGGCGUUUUCUGCGCGCAAGCCAUCAAACAGUUGAUGCCUCGCAAUACCCGCGUGGUCGUGCUAGAAGCCACUAAGGAAUUGCUCAAGAAGGUCAAGAUCUCCGGCGGAGGUCGAUGCAAUGUCACGCAUGCGCGGGGUAAGUUCUCGGUCGGGGACCUCGUGCAGCAAUACCCACGUGGCAACAAGUCGCUGGUGGGCCAACUCACCCGUUUUGGAGUCGACGAGUCCCACGCGUGGUUUGAAGACCGCGGCGUGAAGUUGCACACGGAACCCGACGGGCGGGUAUUUCCUGCCACGAAUUCCAGCGCCACGAUCGUGAAUGCGUUGCUGUUUGCCGCGAAGGACGUCGAGAUUGAAACGCGGACGAGAGUAACCGACUUGGCGCAAACGCCUGACGGACAGUUUGAAGUCACUGCUACGCACAAAGUGUCGGACGAAGAGCGACGGUGGACGGCGUCGUGUGUGGUCGUCGCGGGCGGGUCGUCCGUGCCGCUGUGGACCCUGGUAAAGUCUGCGUUCGCCAUCGCCAUUGAGCCUCCUGUGCCGUCGCUUUUUACAUUUCAAAUCGACAACGACCCUCGGCUGGAUGGACUGGCUGGGAUUUCCGUCGACCCCGCACGAGUAACCCUGCCCACAGCCAAGAAAUUGAAGCCAGUGACUGGGCCAGUCCUGAUCACACACAACGGACUGAGUGGGCCGGCUAUCCUAAGGCAAAGUGCCUUUGCCGCCAUUCCCAUGCAUGCUGCCAACUACAAAUUGCCAGUGCAAAUCGAUUGGACAGGAGGGCGGUGGCGCCUCCACGAGGUCGUGCAGCUUCUGAAAGACCAGAGACUAGCAGCUCCCCAGCGCAACCUGAGGUCGGUGUGCCCCCUCUUAGCGGACGGCAAGCCCCUGCUGCCCCAGCGGCUGUGGAGCCGCCUUGCGCUCGACUCGGACGUUCAAUGGUCCAAUGCGUCCAACGACACAGUGCAGUCCAUAGCGGAGAACGUGCUGCAGUCGACCUUUCUCACGUCUGGAAAAGCCACGUUCAAAGAAGAAUUCGUCACGGCGGGCGGCGUGCAGCUGAAUCAACUCACUAAAAACCUCGAGGCCAAAAUGGUGCCCCGGCUGUACUUUGUGGGCGAAUUUCUCAACGUGGACGGGGUCACGGGCGGGUUCAACUUUACAGCGUGUUGGAGCUCCGCCAUGGUUGUCGCCCAACACAUUGCAUCGCGAUUUGUUCGGCGAUAACGUUACUACAUGCAUUCCCACGAUACAUAUGUUCAUAUAUUCGAUGGACGAUUCAGUGGAGAAAGAGGGGCGGCUUACUGUUUCUGUAGCUUGCCCAACCCGAUGCGGAGAAAGCAAGCAUGUGUGCACAUCAUG